GCGAUGCGGCUCCUCGCCCUAGGCUCCUGCUUGUCGCCCCAAGAUGGCGGACACAAUGAGCGGGCGUCGCUUGGGUUGUCCCUGAGGCGACUGUGAGGAGGAUCGGUAGGCAAGGCCUCGCAGUCAGGCAGAAGAACAUUGCACGAGCCGUAGGAGGGAGAGGAGGAGGCGGCCUGAUUGUCGGCCGCCUUCCAGCUCGUCGCCGGCGCGGCGCCCGCCCCGCCCGGGUGGGCCCUUCGGCAGCCCGCCCGUUCGUUCGCCCGCCCGUUCGCCGCGGGGCCCCGCCCCAGCCCUGCUCCGCCGCUGCUGCUGCCAGCAGCUGCCGCCAUGAAGCUGACCGACAGCGUGCUGCGGAGCUUCCGCGUCGCCAAGGUGUUCCGCGAGAACUCGGACAAGAUUAACUGCUUCGACUUCAGCCCGAACGGCGAGACGGUCAUCUCGAGCAGCGACGACGACUCCAUCGUGCUCUAUGACUGCCAGGAGGGCAAACCAAAGAGAACCCUGUACAGUAAGAAAUAUGGCGUGGACCUCAUCAGAUACACUCAUGCAGCAAACACAGUCGUUUACAGCUCUAACAAAAUAGACGAUACUAUUCGGUACCUGUCCUUGCAUGACAACAAAUACAUCAGAUACUUUCCUGGACAUAGCAAAAGGGUGGUGGCCUUGUCCAUGUCACCUGUGGACGACACGUUCAUUUCUGGGUCUCUGGAUAAGACCAUUCGACUCUGGGACCUUCGGUCUCCGAACUGCCAGGGACUCAUGCAUUUACAGGGCAAGCCAGUUUGUUCUUUUGAUCCAGAAGGGUUAAUUUUUGCUGCAGGUGUCAAUUCUGAAAUGGUCAAACUUUAUGACCUUCGCUCUUUUGAUAAGGGGCCAUUUGCGACCUUUAAGAUGCAGUAUGAUCGGACUUGUGAGUGGACAGGACUUAAGUUCAGCAAUGAUGGCAAACUCAUCCUCAUCUCCACCAACGGCAGCUUUAUCCGGCUCAUUGAUGCAUUUAAAGGAGUGGUGAUGCACACGUUUGGGGGUUAUGCCAACAGCAAAGCUGUCACAUUGGAGGCCUCGUUUACUCCAGACUCCCAGUUUAUUAUGAUUGGUUCAGAGGAUGGCAAGAUCCAUGUCUGGAACGGAGAGAGCGGUAUAAAAGUAGCUGUGUUGGAUGGCAAACACACAGGCCCCAUUACCUGUUUGCAGUUCAACCCCAAGUUCAUGACCUUUGCCAGUGCGUGUUCCAACAUGGCCUUCUGGUUGCCCACCAUUGAUGACUGACCUUGAUGCUGCUCGGCUGUUUCUGUACAGCGAGGGUGGCCAGCAGGAAAAAACUCAGAGGGGACUGAGAAGGCAGUGGGAUUGGAUCAUUUGACUGGGCUGGAGAGCAUCCUUCCACAUGGCCCUCCCAAGGAUGUGCUGUACAUCUGCUCAAAAGAAAAAAAUUACUUUGCCGAGCUUCUUCAAAAGGACUCCUGGUGCAGCAGAUUCAAUCGGGAUUCAGAUUUUCCAGCUGUCACUGCACUGAGCUCCUCCAGACUCAUGAUUAGGGUAUAGUGGGGCCUUUAAGACGCCUUCAAUUUUGAAUGUAUUUGCUGCUGAGGAGCCGGUGAAGUUGUUAAUCCUGCACAUCCCUUCUCCUACCCCCAUAAAUGCAUGGGAAGCCACAGUUCUGGUUUUGAGAUGCUAGGGCAGCUCAGUGCCCCUCGCCCUCACCCUGCAUGUCUUAUUACUGGGUCUCCCUGUGUCAUUGUGGUACAAGCCACAACCAUCAUGUUACUUAGGUGCCAAACAUUUACAAAAAUAAGUCUUCAUGUAUCUCGGGGUUAGAAAGGGACAGAUACACAGUGAUCUUGCUUGUCAGGAAGCCUUGCAAGUUAGUUGUUGGAGGCUCUGGGUGUUGGGUGGGAAAAGGCCCAAGAGCCUGCAAGGGAGGGAGGGGUAGCAGGUGAGUUCCUAGGGCUGGGAGGUUUAGCAGCAGCCGGGUGUGGUCCCUCAUCAUCAAGACAAACCCUUGGUUCUCCUGGGUGCCUACCCAGCUUGGUUGUGUACAAAAGCAAAGUGGGAGUCUAUUUUUGUACAUGCGAUACAUCACACUUUCCUGUGGGCCAGUAUUGUGGAGUAAGUCUGAGUUGUUUACAUUGAUGCCUUCCCUGCCCACCACAAAUUGUGUACAUAGUCUCAUAAUACCACCCCUUCCCCAGCUCCCAACCAUGAGCUGGCUGUAGGCCUGUGUUAUAUGUUAUAUCUAGCCUUUUUAUAUAUGACCUGGGAUUUCUGUUGUUUGUAUUUUAGCACAGUGUGUAUACCUUCAUUUAAAUAUAUCUGUGUGUGCAUACAUAUAUAUGUAUAUGUAUGUAUGCAUAUAUAUAUAUA